GAUGACUGUUGGAGUAGGAUUUUGCCUCAUUUUUCUGUCCCUGAAGCUCCACUUCUCAGCUUCAACUCAGAGCAAUCAAGUUGUGCUGUUAGACACCACCUCUGUGCUGGGAGAAUUGGGUUGGAAAACGUAUCCCAUUAAUGGGUGGGAUGCCAUUACGGAGAUGGACGAGCACAACAGACCCAUCCACACUUUCCAGGUGUGCCACGUGAUGGAGCCCAACCAGAACAACUGGCUGCGCUCCAACUGGAUCUUCCGCGAGGCCGCGCAGAAGGUCUACGUGGAGCUGCGCUUCACGCUGCGCGACUGCAACAGCAUCCCCUGGGUCUCGGGCACCUGCAAGGAGACCUUCAACCUGUUCUACAUGGAGAGCGACGAGGGCUCGGCCCACGGCGUCAAGUUCAAGUCCGGCCAGUACACCAAGAUCGACACCAUCGCCGCCGACGAGAGCUUCACGCAGAUGGACCUCGGCGACCGCAUCCUCAAGCUCAACACGGAGGUGCGCGAGGUGGGGCCCAUCAGCCGGAAGGGCUUCUACCUGGCCUUCCAGGACAUCGGGGCCUGCAUCGCGCUGGUGUCCGUGCGCGUCUACUACAAAAAGUGCCCUUUCACCUUCCGGAACCUGGCCACCUUCCCCGACACCAUCCCCCGGGUGGACUCGUCCUCGCUGGUGGAGGUGCGCGGCGCGUGCGUGAAGAACGCCGAGGAGCGGGACCCGCCAAAACUCUACUGCGGGGCGGACGGCGACUGGCUAGUUCCCCUCGGCCGCUGCGUGUGCAGCGUGGGCUACGAGGAGCUGGAUGGAGCCUGCAUCGCUUGUCGGCCAGGCUUCUACAAGGCUUUUGCUGGGAACAUCAAAUGUGCUAAGUGUCCCCCACACAGUUACAGUUAUGAUGAUGGGUCCCAGUUGUGCUACUGUGAGAAAGGCUACUUCAGGGCAGACAAAGACCCCCCUUCGAUGGCCUGCACUCGGCCUCCGUCUCCCCCGAGGAACGUGGUGUUCAACAUCAACGAGACCUCGCUCUACCUGGAGUGGAGCCCGCCGAGCGACACGGGCGGCAGGAAGGACCUGACCUACAACGUCCUGUGCAAGCGCUGCGGGCCCGAGCGGCAGCACUGCGAGCUGUGCGGCGGCGAGCUGCGCUUCGUGCCGCGGCCGCAGGGCCUGACCAACGCCUCCGUCACCGUGCUGGACUUCACCGCCCACGCCAACUACACCUUCGAGAUCGAGUCGCAGAACGGCGUGUCCGACCUCAGCUCCUUCCCCAGGCCCGUGGCCGCCAUCACCAUCAGCACCGACCAAGGAGGUCCCUCUCUGGUGGGCAUGGUGCAGAAGGACUGGGCGUCCCAGAACAGUAUCGCCCUCUCCUGGAAGGAAGCGGAACAGCCCCCGUUGCCCGUGCUGGACUAUGAGAUCAAGUACUAUGAAAAGGAGCACGAGCAGCUCAGCUACUCCUCGACGCGCAGCAAGGUGCCCAGCGUCAUCAUCGCCGGACUCAAGCCGUCCACCGUGUACGUGUUCCACAUCCGCGCGCGCACCCCCGCCGGCUACACCAGCUACAGCCCCAACUUUGAGUUUGAGACGGGGGACGAGGCUUCAGACAUGGCCGCUGACCAGGGCCAGGUGUUGGUCAUUGUCACAGCUUCCGUCGGCGGCUUCACCCUGCUGGUCAUCCUGACGCUGUUCUUCCUCAUCACUGGACGGUGCCAGUGGUACAUAAAAGCCAAGAUGAAGUCGGAUGACAAGAGGAGGGCCCAGUAUCAGAACGGUCACGUAGUGCCUUUCCCCGGUAUAAAGACGUACAUCGAUCCCGACACCUAUGAGGAUCCCACCCAGGCCGUGCAUGAAUUUGCCAAAGAGAUUGACACGUCACGCAUUCGCAUUGAGCGGGUGAUUGGUGCAGGUGAAUUCGGGGAGGUGUGCAGCGGGCGCCUGCGCACCCCGGGGAAGAAGGAGAUCCCGGUGGCCAUCAAGACGCUGAAGGGGGGCUACGUGGAGCGCCAGAGAAAGGACUUCCUCCGGGAGGCCAGCAUCAUGGGACAGUUUGACCACCCCAACAUCAUCAGGCUGGAGGGCGUGGUGACUAAAAGUCGGCCCGUGAUGAUCGUGGUGGAGUACAUGGAGAACGGCUCCUUGGACUCGUUCCUGAGAAAACAUGAUGGGCACUUCACCGUCAUCCAGCUGGUGGGGAUGCUGCGCGGCAUCGCCUCGGGCAUGAAAUACCUCUCGGACAUGGGCUACGUCCACCGAGAUCUGGCCGCCCGCAACAUCUUGGUCAACAGCAACCUGGUGUGUAAAGUGUCGGACUUCGGCCUGUCCAGGGUGCUGGAGGACGACCCCGAGGCUGCCUACACCACCACUGGAGGGAAAAUCCCCAUAAGGUGGACGGCACCGGAAGCCAUCGCCUACAGGAAGUUCUCGUCAGCCAGCGAUGCCUGGAGCUACGGCAUCGUCAUGUGGGAGGUGAUGUCAUACGGAGAACGACCUUACUGGGAGAUGUCCAACCAGGAUGUGAUCCUGUCCAUAGAGGAGGGCUACCGGCUGCCGGCGCCCAUGGGGUGCCCCGUGGCGCUGCACCAGCUCAUGCUGCACUGCUGGCAGAAGGACCGCAGCCACCGGCCCAAGUUCACCGACAUCGUCAGCUUCCUGGACAAGCUCAUCCGCAACCCCAGCAGCCUGCUCACGCUGGUGGAGGACAUCCAGGGAUUACCGGAGUCUCCAGGAGAAGUCCCUGAUUACCCGAUGUUCAUCUCCAUCGGUGACUGGCUGGACUCCAUCAAAAUGAGCCAGUACAAAAAUAACUUUUUGGCCGCCGGCUUCACCACACUGGACUCCGUCACCACCAUGAGCAUCGAAGACAUCAGGCAAAUUGGAGUUACGCUGAUUGGACACCAGAGACGAAUAGUCAGCAGUAUACAGACUCUGAGACUGCAGUUGCUCCAAGUUCAAGAGAAGGGAUUCCAUGUAUGAGAUUGUAAACAAGACAAUACAAGCCUGUGCCUCAGCCAUCUUCCUCACAAGCAGACGUUACGUUCUUAGCAGGUGCAAGGCGGCACUUUUCCUGCAGACAGUGGACUGGCUUGCUUACUUCCAAGUGUGCAAACUCAAUUACCAAGACUGCUUGUUUCACAUCCAGCAGCUUCUGACUGACAAUAGAGCCUGAACUUCGGCAGACUGGCAUGUCAAACGGAAAAAAAAUUAAGUAAGCCUUGUUUGCAGUAAAAGUAUGUCUAUACCAAGCAACAGUAUCAGUAUUUAGAACUGUAGAUUUGAGAACGUAAUCUACAAUUAUUCUCCAUGUUUUGUGACCACGUAGCUGCUAACAGAUGUGCAAUCUGAAGGAUUGUCCGUAAUAUUAAUUAUUUUAAGGUUCAAUACGUAAACAUCACGAGGCAUCUCGCAAAUUUAUUUGAUCCCAGACGUUCUGGUUUGCGUAUACUUGAAAAGUAAGGAGAGAUGAUGUUGAAGAAUGUUAAUGACUUUGAAGUGUAUAGUCCAUUUACCAAUUAUAAUCUAAAUAUAUUUAUAUGUGCAGUCCUGUAUGUGAGAGCCCUAGUAAAUGUUAUUUUUUAUUUUCUUAUUUAAAUCAGCAAUAUAUGCAGUUUCAGUGACAAAUAUGGGGAGAGAAAAAAAAUGAGAAGUGUACACUUUCUUAUUUAGCAAAUGGACUUUGAGAGUAGAGCAGUGGCCUCAGCCAGUGGCUGUGCAGAGUGUAGUAGUCGUGGCCAACGUGAGAGUAUACAGUGUGUGUGCUGUAGUCAUGGAGCUUUCCCUUGUGGAUAUGUAAUGUGCAGUAACGAGAUCUAAGUGUCCAUAUAUAGAGGGCCACGUGUACAUAAUCUGGAAAUGUUCUGAACCGAAAAAUAACGUCAGCAUACAAGAUUUCAAGAGGGAGUUCUGUUCAG